GACUUUUCCAGGCACAGGUCAGCAUGCAGCUAGAACUUUUCAUUACCGUACUCCUCAUACAGAAUCAGGUGCUGGUUGCUACCGCCUCUUCUUCCUCAGAGGAAGAUGAGAACAGUGAGCAUGAUGGGACCAAUGACAAAAAUUCCUCCCAUGAACAUCACUGGGGCUAUGAUGACCAGGAAGGAUGGUCAUCUGCUUUCCAACACUGCAGUGGACAAUCACAGUCUCCCAUUGACAUUAAAACUAGCAAGGUCAUCUAUGAUUCCAGCCUGCCUCACAUAGAGCUGGAUGGCUAUGAUUUAAAAGCCGACCCUACUCUAAAGUUGCAAAACAAUGGGCAUACACUGCAGCUGAGUUUGCCCAACACUAUGCGGAUAGUAAAAGGAUUCGACCAGGUCUACCUGGCAGCCCAGCUUCACUUUCACUGGGGGACCAUAGCAGUGCCUGGAUCAGAGCAUACCAUAGAUAACAUUCAUUUCCCUGCUGAGAUCCAUGUGGUUCACUAUAACUCAAAAUACACUAAUUCUUCUGAGGCUGAGAGCAAACCAGAUGGACUUGCUGUAUUAGGCGCGUUCAUUGGGAUUGGCCUUAAGGACAAUGAAAACUAUGAGAAAAUCCUGUCUGCACUUAAUGAUGUUAGCAUAGAAGAUUCUGGUACAGACAUCCCAGGUUUUAACGUCCGUCAUCUCCUACCAAACAAUCUUGAGAAGUUUUAUAGGUACAAAGGAUCCCUAACAACUCCGCCAUGCUUCCAAACUGUUAACUGGACAUUGUUCAGUGAGACAGUCAUGGUAUCAAGGAGACAGCUGGCUGCCCUGGAAGACACACUGAAAGCAGGUCACAAACAGCUGCUGUCCAAAAACUUCAGAGCUGCACAACUUCUUCAUGGUAGACCAGUCCUGGCUUCCUUCACUAGUUCACAGAGUGUCAACAAAGACCCAUCAGAGAUAAAACCUAGAGUUACACCUAGUGAGGGCAUGUCCAGAGGUGAUAAGUUUGCCAUUGCCUUUGGAGCCUUGUUCAUAGUGACUUUGUUGUCUUCUUUGAUCUAUAUUUCUAAACUGCGGAAAACGAACUCAAUAUCUAAUAAAGACACCAGACAAGAUGUUAUUUAUAAGCCAGCAAUCAAAGAUGAUGUAUAAAAACACAUUUAUUUUGCUACCAGAAAGUCACAUAUUUGUACAAAAAACAGUUUUGAAGAAUUGCAAAGUUAUUUAAAUGUUUCAAAGGAAAUCUAAUUUCAGUA